CUAACCCUGUGACACUGUCCGGAGGGAGCCAUGGCCACAGACACCCCCGUGGAAAGUCUCCAGGAGGAAGCUACGUGCCCCAUCUGUCUGGAGUAUUUUAAGGACCCGGUGAUUAUAGACUGUGGGCACAAUUUCUGCGGAGCCUGCAUUGCCCAGUGCUGGGAGGGAUCGAAUACAGACGUCUCCUGCCCUCAGUGCAGAGAAACUGUGCAACAGGGAAACCUCAGGCCGAACAGGCGGCUGGGAAAUGUUGUAGAAAUAGUCAAACGGCUGAGUUUACAGGCAGCAAAGGGAGCAGGAGAGGAGAGGGUGUGUGGGGAACACCAGGAGACUCUGAAACUGUUCUGUGAAGAGGAUCAAACUUCUGUCUGUGUGGUUUGCCAUCUGUCCCGCGAUCACAGAGAUCACAGGGUGGUUCCCAUAAAGGAGGCUGCCCAGGAGUACAAGGAGAAACUCCAGGGAGUCCUAGGCCCUCUGAGGAAGGAGCUGGAAGAGGCCCUGGCUCUGAGGUCUAAAGAGGAGAAGAAAAUCACAGAGUGGCAGAGCAAAGUGAAGAACAAGAGAGAGACGAUUGCAGGUGAAUUUAACAAACUGCACACACUGCUGAGAGAGGAGGAGCAGCAGCUUCUGCAGAGCCUGGAGAAGGAGGAGAGGGAGAGUCUGCAGAGACUACGGGAAAAUAUAGCCAAACUCUCCCAGCAAAGCUCCUCUCUGCAGCAGUUGAUCACAGAGUUCGAGGAGAAGUGUCAGCAACCAGUUGUGGAGCUGCUAAAGGAUGUGAACAGGACAUUGAGCAGGAGUGAGAAUGUGAAACUCCAGGAACCAGAAGCUGUUUCUACUGACCUGAAGAACGUGUAUAAAAUUUCCCUUGACAUGAGGGAAGCGCUGCAGAGAUUCGGAGUGGACGUGACUCUGGAUCCAGACAUGGCUCAUCCCCAAGUCAUCCUGUCUGAGGAUCGGAAACGUGUGAGACACGGAGACAAACGCCAGAAUCUGCCCAACAACCCUGAGAGAUCUGAUCCUUGUGCCUGUGUUCUGGGCACUGAGGGGUUCGCGGGCGGGAGGCAUUACUGGGAGGUGGAGGUGGGAGAAAAGACAUGCUGGGACCUGGGGGUUUAUAGGGAAUCUCUGAGCAGGAAGGGGCAAGUCACAGCCACAUUCUGGGUCGUGGGGCUGUGGAAUGGGGAAUACAAGGCCCUCACCUCCCCCCCGACCCCCCUCCCCAUGAGCGUCAGGCCCAACCGGGUGGGGAUUUUCCUGGACUAUGAGGCAGGCGAGGUCUCGUUUUACAAUGUGACUGACAGGUCCCAUCUCUUCACUUUCACUGGCACCUUCUCUGGGACGCUCCGCCCUUUCUUCUGUCCUGGUCUCAAUGCUGGGGGUAAAAACGCAGCUCCCCUGAUAAUCUGCCCGGUCCCAGCUCAGGGCGGAGGGAAUCUCGGUCCCUGACAGUGACCCCGCAGCACAGACUGACCCCUCCCAGCCCUGCUGAUCUCCCCAGUCACUGGUGGGGGCCACUUACUGCAGCAACUGGAUUUUUUGUGCUGACCGGAUGCUGCCCGUUUCCCUUUUCAACUGGAGGUUCCAGUCGGAAACUGAACACCUGGGAACCCCCAGCCCCCACCUUUCCCAUCCCCUGCCCCAGGUGUAGCAGAUGGGGGUGGAUGGGGUCAUUCACUCCUGUCAGAAUUUUCUACCCCUGUGAAAUCUCAAUGUAAAAUAUGAGAGAAAAAGGAUUAUUCUAAUUUAGAAAACAUUAUUGUAACAAGGUUUAAAUACAGGAAUAUUUUAAUUUACAUUUCAACAGUAUUUCAAAAACAAGUAUCUAAUCAUGCUGGUGGUGAAGCACUG